AUUACCAGAAUAGAAGGCCACAUAACCAGCCGUUAUGACACGUUUGUAUGUGCUACAUAUAAACAAGUACCAUUAAGCUUAGUUUAAAAGACAUCAUAGCCAAGUCUUGGUGCUAAGCUUCAGCAUUCAUCAGCUACUUUUAUCGAAAUGGCCAGUGAUUCCUGCAUUAUCCCGGUGAUCGAUCUUCAAGAUUUUCCGGCACAGCUGUCGAAACUCGUGCAGGUGUGUGAGGAAUGGGGGUGUUUUAGGCUGGUCAACUAUCAAUACAUCCUCCCUGAUUCGCUCAUGUCUGAGAUGAAGUCUGUAGUGAAGUCGCUGUUUGAUCUUCCUCUGGAGAUUAAGCGCCGGAAUUCUGAUGUUAUAGCGGGAAGUGGCUACUGGGCACCUUCGGAGAUGAACCCUCUUUAUGAGGCGUUUGGUCUUUAUGUUUCUUCGCAGCAAGAUGUUGAUGCCUUUUGCUCUCAGUUGAAUGCUACUCCUGAUCAAAGAGAGACUCUUACUAAGUAUGCCAAAGCAGUACAUGAGCUGUUUGAAGAGAUUAGUGGCAAAUUGGCUGAUGGAUUGGGAAUAUCCAGUUUUGCAAUUGAUGGAUGGCCUUUUCAGUUUAGGAUAAAUAAAUACAGAUUUGCGCAAGAGACUGUUGGCUCCUCUGGAGUACAAAUUCACACCGAUUCGGGGUUUCUUACCAUACUUCAGGAUGAUGAAAGUGUUGGGGGGCUAGAGGUCAUGGACAGGUCCGGAGCUUUCGUGCCCGUGGAUCCCUGGCCUAGUACACUUCUUGUCAAUCUUGGAGAUGUUGCCACGGCUUGGAGUAACGGAAGACUACACACUGUAAAGCAUCGAGUGCAAUGCAAAGAAGCAAAUCUGAGGUAUUCAAUUGCUGCAUUUCUGUUAGGACCCAAGGAGGAAGUGGAAGCUCCAGCAGAAUUAGUAGAUGCUGCACAUCCUCGUUUGUAUGCACCCUUUACUUUUGAAGAUUACAGAAAACUUCGAUUCUCAACAAAGCUGCAUGCUGGUGAAGCCCUUGAUCUUUUACUCAUCAAACCAUGAGAAUUUGCGGAGGAAAGUAAUGGUUAGACGUGGAAGUAACUUUACUUAUUUCUAUCAUAUGUAUUUUACUAAUAAGUGUAAGUUGCACAUUUGAAAUAAUUACCGCAGCUCUGCAAUAUUUGUUCUA